AUAACACCCUAUUUCUAACAUAUUCCUAGUUAUUGGUAUUGAUGCUUCUAGCAGUCGGCUAUAGGGGCCAGGCCCGGCCCGCAAUCACUAAGGUUUAGCCGGUCCAUAUUCUGGGGUAACUCAUCCGACAACGAUUUAGGUCUUAUCAACUUCCACUCGGUGAUUAUACUGCGUACUGCACAUUGUCAUGAUUACCAUGGCCUCCGCUGCUCGGAACAAUCUCAGACGAGCUCUACUCUACGUCCCCGGCUCAUCCCAGAGAUUCCUCGACAAAUCUCGCUCUCUGGCUGCUGAUUGCGUCUCCUAUGAUCUUGAGGACAGCGUGACUCCGCACAAGAAGGCGGAGGCACGUCAGCUCGUGCGGAGAGCAAUUGAUCAACCUGCUCCGACACGGAUACGUGAACGAGCAGUACGAAUCAAUUCCGUGGAUAGUGGAUUGGCAUUGGCUGAUUUGACUGAAGUCUUACAAUCCCCAAACUUGACAACUCUAGUCGUCCCCAAAGUCAAUUCAGCCUCCGACCUAACAUUCAUCCACGACGUAAUCACCCAUACAUUACCUGACAGAAAAACGCCGAUCUCAAUCCUAGCACUUAUCGAAUCCGCAAAAUCAAUCACCAAUCUCAACGAAAUCUGCAACGCAACCCCUCUCCUCCAGGGACUCAUCUUCGCUGCUGAAGAUUUCGCGCUCGAUCUCAGUCUUACGCGCACACCGUCAUUGACGGAAUUCCUAUUCGCAAGAUCGGCUAUAGUCACGGCGGCAAGGGCCCAUGAUCUCCCUUCAACCAUUGACCUGGUCUGUACAGCGUAUAAAUCCGAUACUAACACCACCGCGGUGUUGGAAGAAGAAUCCAGAGGCGGGAAACGGUUAGGGUUCAAUGGAAAACAAUGUAUUCAUCCCACGCAGGUGGAUACGGUGCAGAGAGUGUUUAGUCCAGAGGCGGAAGAAGUGGAGUGGGCGGUUAGGGUAGUGAUUGCGGAUAAGAAAGCGGCAGAGGAUGGGAGGGGGGCUUGGACGCUGGAUGGGAAGAUGAUUGAUGUCCCUGUUGCGGAGAAGGCGAAGAGUAUUGUGAGGAGGGCAGAGGCUUGUGGGCUGGAUGUUGAUGGGUUAAAAGGGCAGUGGAAGGGACAGGAGCCGGAGUAA